GCGUCCGCCCGGAGUUGUCCCUCUCCGCUCUCGAUUGACACAAACACUUCUCCAAAAGGGGGGAAACCUAAGCAACAACAACAAUCAACAACGAGGUCUUCCUCCUGCCCUCCCCCCUCCCUCCCUCCCUCCCCCCUCGGCCUGCCCCCGCCCUCGCCCCCAGGCCCACCGCGAGCGCCCAGCGCAUCCCGACCCAUUGCGCGAUGCCAGCAGUUUAGGAUCCAAAGCUUCUCUACUCGUUUGGUUCUUUUCUUUUAUAAAAACAGGAGGGGAAAUUCUGGUGGCGGGCAGCCCGGCACACACACACACACAACGCGCCCUCAUACCCCGACAAAAGCAGAUGCACUUUGACUUCUGACAGCUCUACCUCAAGCCCGAGAGAACUCAAGCGGCGCUUUCCCUGCAACCCGAGCUCGCCGCGUCGUCCUCUUCCUUCUCCGACUCCGUUUUAUUUAUUUAUUUGCGCUCCCGUCGCCGUUCUCGUUGACCUUCACUCCUUCGCGGGCUCUGGGCAGAAGAGUCGCUUUCUCGCCCGCCUGAGACUCUUUUCCUCGCCCCAGGAGCUUCGGCGGCGCCGCUGUGCCCCCGGGGCCCUGGGACUGCCGGGCUGCACACUCCACCGAGGCGCCUCCUGCCCCCCAUCAGCUUCCUCCCUCUCUUUGAUUUUCUGGUGCGGGUUUCGGUUCGCACUGCCAAGUGUGUCUCCCCAUUUUGGAGGGGCUGGGGAGUUCCUGCCGGUCGUCUUGGUGAGUCAUCCCGUCGGCUCUACCUGCGCUUCUCUCUCCGGGCCUCACCCGACCAAACCAAAGACCAUGGUGCACUGUGCCGGCUGCAAAAGGCCCAUCCUGGACCGCUUCCUCUUGAACGUGCUGGACAGGGCCUGGCACGUCAAGUGUGUCCAGUGCUGUGAAUGUAAAUGCAACCUGACCGAGAAGUGCUUCUCCCGGGAAGGCAAGCUCUACUGCAAAAACGACUUCUUCCGGUGUUUCGGUACCAAAUGCGCCGGCUGCGCGCAGGGCAUCUCCCCUAGCGACUUGGUGCGGAGAGCGCGGAGCAAAGUGUUUCACCUGAACUGCUUCACCUGCAUGAUGUGUAACAAGCAGCUGUCCACCGGUGAGGAGCUCUACAUCAUCGAUGAGAACAAAUUCGUCUGCAAAGAGGAUUACCUAAGCAACAGCAGUGUCGCCAAAGAGAACAGCCUUCACUCGGCCACCACCGGCAGUGACCCCAGUUUGUCUCCGGACUCCCAAGACCCAUCGCAGGACGACGCCAAGGACUCGGAGAGCGCCAAUGUGUCGGACAAGGAAGGUGGCAGCAAUGAGAACGACGACCAGAACCUGGGGGCCAAGCGGAGAGGGCCGCGCACCACCAUCAAAGCCAAGCAGCUGGAGACGCUGAAGGCCGCCUUUGCUGCUACACCCAAGCCCACGCGCCACAUCCGCGAGCAGCUGGCUCAAGAGACUGGCCUCAACAUGCGCGUCAUCCAGGUCUGGUUCCAGAACCGACGCUCCAAGGAACGCAGGAUGAAGCAGCUGAGCGCGCUGGGCGCCCGGCGCCACGCCUUCUUCCGCAGUCCGCGCCGGAUGCGGCCGCUCGUGGACCGCCUGGAGCCGGGCGAGCUCAUCCCCAACGGGCCCUUCUCCUUCUAUGGAGAUUACCAGAGCGAGUACUACGGGCCCGGAGGCAACUACGACUUCUUCCCGCAAGCUCCCCCGUCCUCGCAGGCUCAGACGCCAGUAGACCUGCCCUUCGUGUCGUCGUCCGGGCCUUCCGGGACACCCCUGGGUGGCCUGGAGCACCCGCUGCCCGGCCACCACCCGUCGAGCGAAGCGCAGCGGUUCACCGACAUCCUGGCGCAUCCUCCCGGGGACUCGCCCAGCCCCGAGCCCAGCCUGCCCGGGCCUCUCCACUCAAUGUCGGCCGAGGUUUUCGGGCCCAGCCCACCCUUCUCGUCGCUGUCGGUCAACGGCGGGGCGAGCUACGGGAACCACCUGUCUCAUCCCCCCGAAAUGAACGAGGCGGCCGUGUGGUAGCGGAGUGGCGCACGGUCCGCGGAGUUCGUGGUUGUACAGAAAUGAACCUUUAUUUAAUAAAAACAGAAAACAGAAAAAAAC